CAAUCAAUUCAAUUAAAAUAAUUCGUAUCAUCUUCAAGAUCUCAUGAACGAUAAGAACAAUUAAUCUUACAAUCUUUUUCUCGUAACACAAUAUAAUAGAAGGAAGGAGGAAAAAAAUUCCCUUUGAGCUCUGUCAUAUUAAGCAAAAGCAGAAUUUCAAAGAAUUGUAGUUUUUAAAGCCCUCUCCGAAUGCCAAAAUGAAAGCUUCGGAUAUAGUGUUGAUCAUCGUUUUAGUCUUUGCUUUCGAUUCUUUUUGUAAAUUAAAUGCGGAAUCGAAUGCAGGUGAUGCCGAAAAUGACAAUGUCAUUUUGCAUCAGUGGAAGGAGAUGAAUCGGAAUGCUGAAAAAAUGAUUGGUUCUGUUAUUAAACAAAUUAUGCCGCAUGUGAUGGAAUCUACCUCGAAAAUAAAUAUAUCUUCAACUUGUAUGCAACAAAGCUUGACAUUAUUAUCCGGAGUUCGCCGUUUACAAGUUUGGGCAUUAAGUUUUGUUGAUUCGAGCUCAAAAAUAAUAGAUGGUAUGCUUAGUGGAACAGUAAAUUCUUUUGGAAAUUACGAACAAUGCUUGAACUCAGAAGUGCCCUCAAAGGAUCCUGCGAAACCCAGGUUUCGUGGGCAAUAUUGCCAAGUAGCUAUCACACCGCCCCUUCCUGCUAAAUCUAAACGUUACAAAUACGAUGAAGAAAUAGAAGAGCUGGAAAAUUUUAAGGGCACGGAAGUAAUGAAUUUCCUAGCGAAGAAGGCUGCCAUUUAUUACACCUUCCCGUAUAAAGUUGGGCUGUGUCUUCCAUCUGGCUGCAAUUUAGAUGAAAUUGAUCAAGUCGUGAAAACAAUGGCGAAUAAAUUGUUUUUAUCAGCUGAUGUUACUGUCAAAUAUUGUGAAAUUAAAGAACCUGCUCACUACUCACUAGUUCAUAUGAUCGCUGUACUUGUUUGCAGUGCUUUGUUUGGUAUCACGAUUCUUAGUACGGCAUAUGAAAUCUAUUUAAAAAAUAAAGAAAAGAAAUGUUAUGGAAAACGAGAUAAAGUGAUCCUUACAUUUUCACUGAUAUCGAAUUUCAAAGCUUUGGUCAGCACUAAAUCUUCUUAUGAAAGGCUGGAGAGCAUGCACGGAAUUUUAGUUUUCGGAAUUAUGAUGGUUGCUUUGAUAAACACAUAUUUAUAUCCAUUGUUUAUGAUGCACACGUAUCAUUCUCUUAUGAGUGUCUAUGAAAUGCUGAGAUAUCCAAUGGGUCAAAUUAUCAUGAACAACCAUGUUGUUGUAGAUACAUUUUUGGUUGUAAGCGGUGCCUGGAUUACCUAUAUGGCCCUCAAACUGUGCCACAUGCAGCUUGAAAAAUUCGAUUUUAAACUUUUUAUUUUGUAUAAACUUUGGAGAAUUAUACCUUUGUACUAUUUUAUUAUACUAAUGUCAACGCUGACUUCUGUUAUGGGCUCUGGACCUAACUUUAAAGAAGCUUUGAAAUUUUCUGUAGAGAAUUGUAAUAAUUACUGGUGGAGAAAUCUACUAUUUAUUAAUAAUUUCUUCGAUUUUGAUGAUAUGUGUCUAACACAUUCCUGGUACAUCUCUUGUGAUUUUCAGUUAUAUUUUUCUACGUUACUAGUCCUUUUGCCACUUUUAAAGUCACAAACUAUGGGACUAAUUAUAACCGUAGUGAUUGUUAUUGCUUCUGUAGUAUACACUGGAUUAAUGACCUAUCUAUAUGAUCUAAUACCAGGUCUAGACAUUUCGUAUAUGGAUAAAGACUUUCGAUCUGAGUCAUACUUGAAAGUUAUAGCAAAUCCGUUAACUCAUGCAGGACCCUAUUUUCUAGGAGUUUUUGUGGGAUACGCUGUAGCAGUGAAAAAAGAUAUUAAAAUACCAAAAAAAUAUCAGAUACUUGGUUGGUUUAUAGCUGUCUUAUGUGGUGCAUAUACAAUGUUGUGGACAAUUGUCUGGCGAUAUUACACGCCUGGUUUAUUAGAAACAUCAAUAUUUGCUGCUCUCCAGCGAACUAUCUGGGGAGCAGGUGUUGCUUGGAUGUUAUUCUGUUGUUGUACUGGACAUGGAGGUUUUAUUAAUUUAAUCCUGUCAUGGAAACCCUGGUUUCCUUUAUCCAGAUUAGUUCUACUCGUGUAUCUCAUACAGCCUGUAAUAGAGAUUGUGCAUAUCGGUUCAUAUAAAUCCCCUCAUGAAUUCUCACAUUUUGAGCUUGUUAUAACGUCUUUUGGGUUUCUAUUGCUAUCUGGUCUUUUGGCUCUAAUAGGAUCAUUUUUGGUUGAAUCGCCAGUUCUGGCGUUUGAAGGAGUAUUUUUCCCCACAGUUAAAGAAGCAUUGAAUAUAGUGCCAGAAAAGGAACAUUGUAAUGGAAAAAAUGUAAAAAAGUCUGUGAAAUUUGCUACAAAUGGUGAUAUGGAGAUGAAUGAUUUUAGCAUCAAAAAAUAUGACUGUAUGGAUAAUAAAGCUUAUGAGUAUUCCUCAUAAGGUCUUACAUUUCACCCAAACUGCAAUUAUGCUGAUUAUGACAUUCAUAAAAAAUACCUCUUGUAUAAUAGCGGCAGAAUAUUUAUUGUGUUAUAUGAUGGAUUUUUGUUUAAACAGUAUUUGUAAAACUUUCAAUAAAAUUGUAAGAGAUCUGUUCCACGGC